AUGUCUGACAUUGCUGAUAAAACCGUUGAACAAUUAGAAAAAUUGAACAUCAACGAGACUGAAGGUGCUCCAGCUGCCUCUGAAACCGAAGGUACUCCAGCUGCUUCUGAAACUGAAGCUAACAACAGCAAUGUUGAUACUACUUCUGCUUCUUUAUACGUCGGUGAAUUAGAUCCAUCUGUUUCCGAAGCUUUACUGUACGAUAUCUUCUCCCCAAUUGGUCCAGUCACUUCCAUUCGUGUUUGUCGUGAUGCUAUCACCAAGACUUCCUUAGGUUAUGCUUACGUUAAUUUCAACGACCAUGAAUCUGGUAGAACUGCCAUUGAAAAAUUAAAUUAUUCUCCAAUCAAGGGUAAGCCAUGCAGAAUCAUGUGGUCUCAACGUGACCCAGCUUUAAGAAAGAAAGGUGCUGGUAAUAUUUUCAUUAAGAAUUUACAUCCAGAUAUCGACAAUAAAGCUUUACACGAUACUUUCUCCGUUUUCGGUAACAUUUUAUCUUGUAAAAUUGCUACUGAUGAAACUGGUAAGUCUAAAGGUUUUGGUUUUGUUCAUUUCGAAGAAGAUAAUGCUGCUGUUGAAGCCGUUGACGCUAUUAACGGUAUGAUGUUGAAUGGUCGUGAAGUUUAUGUCGCCCAACACGUCUCCAAGAAAGACAGAGAAUCUAAAUUAGAAGAAGUUAAGGCUAACUUCACUAACGUUUACGUUAAGAAUGUCGACGUCGAUACUCCAGAAGAUGAAUUCACAGCUUUAUUCUCCAAGUACGGUCCAAUUACUUCUAUUGCUAUGGAAAAAGAUUCUGAAGGUAAAUUCAGAGGUUUCGGUUUCAUUAAUUUUGAAAACCACGAUGAUGCUGCUAAGGCUGUCGAGGAAUUAAAUGACUUAGAGUUCAAAGGUCAAAAAUUAUAUGUCGGUCGUGCUCAAAAGAAAUACGAACGUCUACAAGAAUUAAAGAAACAAUACGAAGCUUCUAGAUUAGAAAAAUUGGCUAAAUACCAAGGUGUGAACUUAUUCGUCAAGAAUUUAGAUGAUUCUAUUGAUGAUGAAAAAUUGGAAGCCGAAUUUGCUCCUUUCGGUUCUAUUACUUCCGCUAAGGUUAUGAGAAACGAAGAAGGUAAGUCUAAGAACUUUGGUUUCGUCUGUUUCUCUACCCCAGAAGAAGCUACUAAGGCUAUUACCGAAAAGAACCAACAAAUUGUUGCUGGUAAACCAUUAUAUGUUGCUAUUGCUCAAAGAAAGGACGUCAGACGCUCUCAGUUAGCCCAACAAAUUCAAGCUAGAAACCAAUUGAGAUACCAACAAGCCACUGCUGCUGCCGCUGCCGCCGCUGCCGGUAUGCCAGGUCAAUUCAUGCAACCAAUGUUCUACGGUGUUAUGCCACCAAGAGGUGUUCCAUUCAACGGUCCAAACUCUCCAAUGGGUGCUGUUCCACGUCAACAAUUCAGAAAUGGUCCAGUUUACGGUGUCCCACCACAAGGUGCCCCACAAGGUAACUUCCCAGGUAACGACCAAUUAUACCAACAAAAACAAAGACAAGCUUUAGGUGAAGAGUUAUACAAGAGAGUCUCCUCCAAGACCUCUGAUGAAGAAGCUGCCGGUAAGAUUACUGGUAUGAUUUUAGAUUUACCACCACAAGAAGUCAUGCCAUUAUUAGAAAAUGAUGAAUUAUUUGAACAACAUUUCAAUGAAGCAUCUGCUGCUUAUGAAUCUUUUAAGCAAGAACAACAAGAACAACAACAAUAA